CUGGAACGUUCUUCCCCCUAGGAUAGGGAGUUCAGACAUGCGCACAAGGCUAGGUCUUGCUUUGCCCGGGCUAGAUGUAUCUAGGCAUUCGGACUUUCGUGGCGCAUAUUGUAAAUCGAGUUUGUUUUUGAAGUGUACCUAUUAAGAUCACCAUCACUUUGUUACUGAACAAGUACCAAGCGUGAAAGGCAGUUAAAUCCAAAUUGUUGGAACAGUAUUACUGAUAAUGGUGGCUGAACUGUCUAUUAUGAAUGAAACUAACCAAAACAAUAGCAUGAACGAGACCGCUGAAGAGGAAGACAUCAUGAUGGAAAUUGAUGGUCACGCUAACAAUACCAGCGCGGGUCUCAGCAAGCCACUUGAUGGCAAUGUAGGAGAUGAAAAUGAUGCGAGUAUUACCGUAGACAAGAUACGCGAGUAUUUCAUGAAAGAUGCAGCAGAUGCUGGAGAUGCGGUAGACACAGUGAUUAUAUUUGACACAUUGGUGACACAACAGAUGCAAAAGAACGAUGCGAUUUUACGUCUCUUUGCGUUAUCGGUGAAUAUCUGGAGAGUGAAGAUUUCAAACCAAUAUUAGAGUUAACACAAGAACAACUAUUAGUUGAUUGGCUCACAUCGCGUCAUCUUUUGACUAAAAAUGAUUUCGACGAAUAAAGCCACAGGAAUGAAGACGCGUACAUCAUGCGCACACAUUAUACUAUUAUAUUUUAUUUGCUCAGAAAAUCCAUAAAAGAAUAAAAAAGUGUGUGUAACCAUGUAGUUGAUUAGGAAGUAGGUAUACCGAAAUUCGAGAAUUUUAUUCACAAAUGUUGUAAGUUUUCAGAAUUUGGAUCUACUUGGAUACUUCGUUUCUUUGUUUAGCUUCUCCUAAUGUUAAUUGUUGUUUUACAAUAGAGGUGUAGCCAUCAUUUAUGUAAUGUAUGCAAAGUUAUGUUAUUUAUUCUUUAUAAAUUCAUUGUACAACGUGAUUUAUUACAAAAUGUUUAUAAAAGAUAGUGUUUUUAAAAUUUUAUCAGUAUAAAUAGAAACUGUAUAUGAAACAAAUUAACAUUUGUUUUAAUAAAAUUUAAAUAAUUUAAUAUAUUUUUCGGAUUCCAUUUAACAAUAUAACAUAAAAUCUUCCAUUCAUAUUGUAAAAAAAAAUCCUAUUUUUAUUUUAAUAAAUGUCUAAGUGUGA